CCUUUAUGUUUGUGCUGCCCAGCACACAUCCAUUUCCAUUCUCUUCAUUUUACACUGAAAGAUAUAAGAAAUCCAAAAAGUGUUAGUAGAAUUCAGCAACCAUGUUGAGAUCAAUGACGACGAGGAGAGGCCCUGGGAGAUAUGAGAAAUUAGGUAAAGAAUCUUCUACCACUGCGCUGCUUCAUGAGGAAUUCAAGAGGAGCACAAGUUUGCCUGCUCAUAGAACACUAUUAUCUUCUUCCAGAAAAAUGGGUACUUCAGCAUUAUUUGGGAACAUAAAUUUGCAAAGAAACCCGACAAAGAGGGGUAAUGGUAACAACAACAAUAAUGGUAGCAAGAAGAGCCACCCACUGCUGAGUUUCUUGGAUCUUCGUAAGAAGAGUAAAACAACGGCAAGGCCUGAAUUCGCCAGGUAUGUUGAGUAUCUCAAGGAAGGAGGCAUGUGGGAUUUCAAAACCAACAAGCCUGUCAUUCAUUACACUUGAUUAGAGUUAAUAUUUCUGUAUUCUGUGUGUAACAACAAGAUUGUAUUGGAUUUUAUUCAUUUAAUUCCCUUCAAGAAGAUUUAGAGUAAUAUUAGUACUUAUCUGUCUGUUUGAUUAGUUUUGUAGCUAGGGUGGGUUUACCCUUUUGAAAAUUGAUGUGGAUGGAUCAAUUGUACACAUAUACAAAAAGUUAAUCAGCUUCCUUCAAAUAAUUAGUUCUUUUUUCUUUCUCUACGCGAAAAAAAAAAAAUAGUUAGCGACAUCAAUUAUCCUGUACAAA